AUGGCAGAGACAGGGCGCAGGAAGGCACCUGCCAUUGCUGCUCAAGAAACCGUGUACGUGAAAGAUUCAAGCCCAGGUCCCUGCUAUUAUGUGGACCCGCAACUCACUCGAUUUGGCAGAAGCGGGGGCCCGUCCUACUCCAUGCUGGCGAGAUCAAAGACCCCCGCGCAGCCACAGACCCCCGGGCCAGGCAGGUACAGGCCAGAGCAAGCCCCACCUGUCACCCAGCGCAGGCCGCCGGCUUUCACCUUGGGAUCUCGUACCCCGUACCGCCGGGUGGACCUCGGCCCGGCCCCCAACAGCUAUGCCCUCCCCUCGCUGCUGGGCUCCCGGGUCCCCAGCCAAACGUCCCGCCCUCGUGUCACCAUCUCAGGGCGGGACAAACGCAGGGGCUUUUCUGAGGAUCUGUCCCAAACGCCGGGCCCAGCCCAUUACAACAGGACGGAUCCCAACACUUACCUGCACCGGUCACCUGCCUUCUCCAUGCGGGGGCGACACAGCCUGCCGGGGGCCGCUCUCCAGACCCCGGGGCCUGGGGCACACAGCCCUGAAAAGGUGACCGCCCACUGGGCCAGAGCCCCGGCUCACUCCCUGGGCGUCCGGCACUCCGACUUUGUCACGCCUCUCAUUGAGGAUGUUUCGCAGUGA